UUCCGAGAGAGUCGCCCCCGGAGAGAGAGAGAACAGAGCUGAGAAGCUCAAGGAGGGAAAAAGAAGAAGGAACAGAGAAAGUGAGCGGAGGCUAUCCCGAGUCAACUCGGAUCGAUCCUUGGCCUUGAAUCCAUUUUAAUUCUUCUGACUCGGUUCGUUGGCCCUUUUUGGUGCUUCUUCAAUUUGAAGAAAGUUCUCUAGCGGCCGGUGUCGUCCUCCGGAGGGCGUUUCUGACUCCGGCUUCUUCCAGAUCUCUCAUUCCGAUUCCUUUAUUAUUUGGGCACUAUGGCUCACUCGAUGUAGCAUCGAGCUACAUCUUCUCCUUCCAUCACGGUCAUGUUAUUUUGCUCGGUUCUUUGAGAAUCUUGGGUGGGAUUUGAAAUUGAUUUCAUCGAUUGAUGAUUUUUGGGGUGACAUACUUUGCUCUCCAACAAUUGCUGUCGGCUUUGGAGUUUGGUGUCUCCUGGGGAGGGAAGAAAUUCUCUUCCGCCACCGCCUCUGUUGCCGGCUGCAAAAACAAUCAGUUAUAUAUAUUUAAUGUCUCGUGAAUUGGACAGUCCUGUUCAGACUCAGAUGGCAGUGACAAUCUUCAAGAGCCCGCUUAGUGGGGAAUACCAUGGGAGCAUGAGAAUGGAAGGGAAACAGCCUGCUGGGAGGAGACGCGUUUUUGUGCAAACUGAAACUGGAUGUGUUUUGGGGAUGGAAUUAGAUCGUGGUGAUAAUGCCCAUACCGUGAAGAGGAGGCUGCAGCUUGCUUUAAAUUUCCCUACAGAGGAGAGCUCGCUCACUUUCGGGGAUAUGGUGCUGAAGAAUGAUCUUAGUGCUGUUCGAAAUGAUUCCCCUCUUCUUCUUAAACGGAACCUUAUCCAUAGAAGCUCCUCAACCCCAUGUCUGUCACCCACUGGGAGAGAUACCCAGCAGAGAGAUUGGAGUGGUCCUAUUGAAAUAUUAGGGCAGUCAAAUCGCUUUGCUAAAAUGAAACAACUAGUCAAGGAAAUUGUGAAGGCGAUUAAGAACGGGGUUGAUCCAAUUGCUGUUAAUGGUGGACUUGGUGGUGCAUAUUAUUUUAGGAAUAGUAGAGGUGAGAGUGUUGCGAUUGUGAAGCCUACCGAUGAAGAACCUUUUGCACCGAACAAUCCAAAAGGCUUUGUUGGCAAAGCUCUUGGACAACCUGGUUUGAAACGUUCAGUGCGAGUGGGGGAGACGGGGUUCAGAGAAGUUGCGGCUUACCUUCUCGACAAUAAUCACUUUGCGAAUGUGCCUCCCACUGCUCUUGUGAAGAUCACUCACGCAAUCUUCAAUGUCAAUGAUGGGGUGAAUGGUAAUAAGCCUCACAAAAAGAAGCUAGUCAGCAAGAUUGCAUCUUUCCAACAGUUCAUCCCACAUGAUUUUGAUGCCAGUGAUCAUGGCACCUCUAGUUUCCCAGUUGCGGUUGUGCAUCGAAUUGGGAUCUUAGACAUUAGGAUUUUUAACACGGACAGACAUGCAGGAAACCUUUUAGUGAGAAAACUUGAUGGUGUUGGGAGGUUUGGUCAGGUGGAGCUCAUUCCUAUUGAUCAUGGCCUUUGCCUGCCAGAAACUUUGGAGGACCCAUACUUUGAGUGGAUUCACUGGCCCCAGGCUUCAAUUCCAUUCUCAGAGGAUGAGCUUGAGUACAUAAAAAAUCUUGACCAUGUUAGGGAUUGUGAGAUGCUGCUUAGGGAGCUUCCUAUGAUUCGAGAAGCUUGUCUCAGGGUCUUGGUUCUCUGCACCAUUUUCCUCAAGGAGGCUGCCACUUUCGGUCUCUGCCUUGCUGAAAUUGGUGAGAUGAUGAGUAGAGAAUUUCGUAGUGGUGAGGAGGAGCCUAGUGAACUCGAGGUUGUAUGCAUGGAGGCAAGGAGGAUGAUAGCAGAGGAGUUGUUAUCCCCUAAAGCUGAUUCUAUAGAUGAGAAUUUCCAGUUUGAUAUAGACUGCGAGGAACUGGAGUUAGACGUUAUGCCAAAGAAAAUGGUACUAGAUGAUUAUAUGGCCAGAGCACCAUUCCAGUCUGGAAUGAGUGGCGGUUAUGUUCGCUGUCCACUGUCUAGACUGGAAGAAAGCAUCGAGGAGGAGGAUGAGGAUGAGGAUGAGGAAAGUCAAGGAGAAGAAGAGCAAGAGGGAAUUGCAACUCUGCCAGCUGCUGAAACUAUCCCAACAAUGUCAAAGCUUUCCAUGUCGUUGAAGAAUACUGUUUUAUGCGAGAAGAAUAAAAAACACCAGAAACAUACUGGAGCAAAACUUGAAAGUGGCUAUUUAUCAAAUACGUCCUCUGGGCAUAGGAGUGCAAAUGAGCAGCUUCCUGCAAGCAUGAGCUUCGUGAAGCUGGCAGACAUGAGUGAGGAUGAAUGGACAAUGUUUCUGGAGAAGUUUCAAGAGCUGCUUUACCCAGCAUUUGGAAAACGAAAGUCUGUGACCCUAGGUCAGAGGCAGAGACAGAGGCUUGGUACGUCGUGCCAGUUUUGAGAUUGAGAUUUCCUAGAGUUGCUUGACAGAAGAGGACUAUAAGAAGAAAUAUAAGACUUGUAGGCUUGUGGGGACUUGAAGGAGUGUUAGGAUAGGUUUGGUUUAUUAUGCCUUUUCUUGUUCGCAGGAGUUCUGGGAGCAAAGUUUGUAGCGACUGCUGUAAAUAUUCUUGGCUGAUGGCCGAGUAGAAUUGGUUGUAUUUUUUUUUUUCUUUUUUGUCUCUUCCCCCCCCCAACAACAAAAACCCUCUUUCGUUCUUUCUUUCUUUCACUCGUUUCCUUUAUGGACUUGUUUGAUAAAUAACUUGUAGACUGAAAUCCAAAAAGGAAGUUAUGUGAAUAUAUAGUAGUGUGUUCAACUUGAA